AUGACCUGGGAGAUCAGUGACUUCAGGGUUCGAACCACCACGCCUUCGCAAGAGUCUGAUGUCCUGUAUGCCAAUGGGCGGAUGCAGGUGGCUGUCUGCAUUUCAAUCAAAGCAAUCAACAAAGAUACUGGUACUCGCUAUAAGCUGUCUCAGGCAGAGUUGGAUAGCAGCCAGCUUGUAGACUAUUACAACUCUAGCAAAACGCUGCAGGGUGAUUGGAGCUACUCAUCCCAGGAAAAUGAGUUUACUCACACCCUGGCCGUGGGAAUGUCGGUAUCAGACUCUGCACCGAAAGACACACCAACCUAUGGCUCCUUCGAGGAGGGUCCUCAGGAGAAAUGCUACUGGGUCUCCACAACGAAAGCGGAUAACAAACACAUUGGGGCGUGUAUCACGCAACCCGACGGCACCGUCAUAUCAACCAGCGACCCGGACUACAAAUCGCAGGUCACGCUUACGGGAAAGACGCCCAUAUAUUAUACCACAGAUAAUACUACCCAGGUCUCGAAAGAGACCGAUAGUGGGCAGUACAAGGCAAACCUAGUACGCGGAAGCAGAUCCACACCAGCCGACGGCCAUUGGAAGCAGUAUAAUUACUAUGUCUCGACGAAUGUGCAUCAACUACUGAAAGCAAAUAUUUACGGCUAUGAUGAAUCGGGUAACACGAACCCACAUCACGACAGCCGGAUGUCGCAUUCGUUCGCAUACGCCCCCAACGAUAACUAUUUGAACCUCUGUUUCAUCUGGGAUUACGGGCCACCCUCCAGCACGACAGCAGGUCUUCACUAUGAAGGUACGACAACCGUAGCUGGGCAAAACUACAAAUACAAGGCCGAUGCAUGUGCGAAUAUCGGAGUCAAUCAGCAGGAGAGACACCUAUGUCUAACACACCUUCGAUUCAACGCAGGCGUCAACACUUGGGGUGAUAAGUGGCAUGUUGGUUGCUGGUUUGAGCUCUAUGAUAUAUUUGGAAACACAGGCACAAUGUCUGUGAAGUGGGAUGAUAAGGCCAUUGUCUUCCGCGACGGCAAACCAUGA